UGGGUAUCACCCUCCCAUCCAGGUCUUCAUUUCAUCACUGCCCAUGUUUGUUUAUAUGAAGCUUGUGGUCUUUUAUUGUAAUUUGACCUCACUGCAUGUGAAAACAGAGUUAUUACAGUUAUAAGCAGAAUUUAUUUUUAAAUAUUUGGCAUGAGGAAAAAAGGUUAAUAUUGCGUAUAGUUUAAUGCAUUUAUUGAAAGGUUUGAUUUACAACGCUCUUACAUAUUAAGUCCAGGCAAAGUUGAAAAAAUAAAAACAUUGUCUACAAUAUAAAUGCACAACUAUGAGAUUAUCUUUGUGACUGAAAGCAUGAUUUGUUCUCUUGCGGCAAUAAUAAUCAAAAUUCUAUCAGUAUCUUUGCUUUUGUGCUUCAUGCUAGACAGACACAGGUGUCUUACACUCAUUACUUUGAAUAAAAAACAGUAUUGGUGUAUUGAUAGAAAAUACAAGGAUUAUAAAGACAACAUAAGCCUCUUUCACCAUAGGUUCCAAUUGCAGCCAUUUUAAAACUGGACCCAUGAGGUAAGAUGGCUGCCAUAUUGUUCCAUCUCAGAACAGUCAUUAUGACACAUCAAAGGUUCUAUAUCUCUGUGACAUAUUUAUGGCAUCACAACACAAUGGAAUGUGGAAUGUUGGAAGUUUCAGUAAGCAGAGAGACUUUUCAUUGCGGUGAUUGAUCUCACACAAGACAGUCAGACUUCAGUAGCUCCAGUAGCGUCCGAAAGAAAGACAUAAACUGUUCCUUUCUGUUGAAGAACAAAGUUCAGUGUUAGAAAACUGAAUUUUCAGUGCAUCUGCAGUUAACAGCUUGCAUUGCCGGUUUCAUCUUCAACAAAAAGUUGACAAGUUGACAUUCAGUAUCAUGGGACCUCAGCAACAGCUAACAGCAUCCCAGAAAUCAGCCCAAAUGAACUCAGUGGCACAGUUCUCAAACAGUGGUCUGCUCCAGGCCACUUAUGCCCUGAGAUUCAUUCAGAGACAGCUGGUGGAGCUGGCCAUGGACUGUGACGACACGGUCCAGAAUGGUCUGGUCAGCUUCCAAUACCUAGUGCAGCUGCAAAAUAAACUGGAGAAACUCCUCCAUGAGACCCGCUCAGUUUGCAGUCCUCCUCUCAGAAAACCAGUAGAGAGUGAUUUUGAAACCAUCAAGCGGGUCAGCUGUGGCGGCUUUGGGUCUGUAAACCUUGUGCGCCACACGCUCAGCGGUGAAGCUUUUGCCAUGAAAAUAAUAAAAUGGCAGAACUUCACCAGAAAAUCCGACAUCCGGCAGGUGUUGGCAGAGCGAGACAUCCUCACCUUCACCGAGAGUCCCUACGUUGUCUCGUUGUUUUGUUCACUUGACACACAGAGGGACGUCCGCAUGGUGAUGGAAUAUGUAGCAGGUGGGGAUUGUGCCUCCCUGCUAGAAGACUGGAAACGUUUUCCUGUGGAUAUGGCCAGGAUGUACAUCGCAGAGACCACCAUGGCUUUGGAGUAUAUCCACAGUUACGGCAUCCUCCACAGGGACCUCAAACCCAGCAAUUUGUUGAUCAGUUCCACGGGUCAUAUUAAGAUGACUGACUUUGGACUGGCAAAGAUCGGUCCAGUGCAAAUGACAGGAGACCUCCAAAUGGAACCUGUCGAGAGAAUCGUCCGUGAGUUCACUGACAAAGAGGUAGCGGGCACCGCAAUCUACAUUGCUCCAGAAACCAUCCUGAAGCGAGGCUAUGGAAAGCCUGUAGACUGGUGGGCCUUGGGCAUCAUUUUGUACGAGUUCCUGGUGGGUGAACCUCCUUUUAAUGGGGACACAUUCAAUGACCUCUUUAACCGGGUGGUCGACGACGAUAUCAGCUGGCCGGAGGGGGAGAAAGCCCCGCCCACUGACGCCCAGGACCUCAUCAGCCUUCUCCUGCGAAAGAACGCUAUUAUUCGGCUGGGUACAGGAGGAGCCGUUGAGGUGAAGGCGCAUCCAUUUUUCCAGGGUCUGGACUGGAACAACCUCCUAAGUCAGGAGCCUCUAUUUGUCCCCGAACUGAAGACUGAGGAAGACACCAGCUACUUUGACUCCCGCUCAGACUUGUGCAGCGAUGAUGAACAUAGCGAUGAUGAAUCACCUGUGGAGCUCCCAGACUUCUGCUCUGUUGCCUUCCGCUUCAGAAAGGUUUACGGCAGCCCGAUGCACGUGUCCAUCUCCACCUUUAACCAGAGCCUGCUGCCAAGACUCAGCGAGGGGGAGGAGUCCAGCAGCGAUGAAGAGGAGGAGUCUGAGUAUGGCUAUUAUGAAGAGUCGUCGUCUGAGGAAGAGCUGGAGUUCAGUAGUGGUGAAGUGGUGUUUGAGUUCAUAUAUAAUGAAGAGGAGGAGUUUGAGAGCACUACUGAUGAAGAGGAGGAGUUUGAGUAUGGCUAUCAUGAAGAGUCGUCGUCUGAGGAAGAGCUGGAGUUCAGUAGUGGUGAAGUGGUGUUUGAGUUCAUAUAUAAUGAAGAGGAGGAGUUUGAGAGCACUACUGAUGAAGAGGAGGAGUCUGAGUAUGGCUAUUAUGAAGAGUCGUCGUCUGAGGAAGAGCUGGAGUUCAGUAGUGGUGAAGUGGAGUUUGUGUACAGAUAUGAUGAAGAGGAGGAGUUUGAGACCACUACUGAUGAUGAGGAGGAGUUUGAGGAAGAGCAGGAGUUCAGUAGUGAUGAAGAGGAGUUUGAGGAUGUUUAUGAAGGCAACAAGUUUGAUGAACUUAAUGAGGAAGAGAAGUGGGAUGAAGGUUUUGAGGAGGAGGAAGUGGAGGAUGUUUAUGAAGGCAACAAGUUUGAUGAACUUAAUGAGGAAGAGAAGUGGGAUGAAGGUUUUGAGGAGGAGGAAGUGGAGGAUUUUUAUGAAGGCAACAAGUUUGAUGAACUUAAUGAGGAAGAGAAGUGGGAUGAAGGUUUUGAGGAGGAGGAACUGGAGGAUGUUUAUGAAGGCAACAAGUUUGAUGAACUUAAUGAGGAAGAGAAGUGGGAUGAAGGUUUUGAGGAGGAGGAGAAUGAUGAGUUUGAUGAGUUCAGUGAGGAGGAGGACUCUGAGAACAUUCAUGAAAAGGAGGGAAACAAGGAUAAAGUUGAUGAGGAAGAGGAGCAGCAGCAACUUGCUCAACAAAACCAAGCCACACUGAGGAGGAGGAGGAGGAGGAGG